AUGUUCCACCAAGGCACCUUGCAGAGCGGAAUUACGGUUGCAAUUCAGGAACAGAAGCUCGUUGCCUGCUUUGUACGAGAUGAUGGUGCAACGAGCAACGAGUGGGAAGAAGAGUGGCUGAAGAGUGGAUGGCUAUCGAAUCUGCUCGCCCAAAAAGCCGUCGUCCUGCGACUUGAGGCAGGCUCCACCGAAGCAGGCUUUCUGGCUGCCUUCUCCGACAUUUCGAGUGUGCCAACUUUCGUCGUCAUCCAGAAUGGGCAGCUACAAGUUCAACUCAAGAGCGAUGCGACAAAGGAAGACUUCAUCAAUUCGAUAAGACAGGUACUGGGAGCGAAUCCGAUACCAGGCUCCAGCGCGGCAUCGUCCUCACUACCACCCACAAGCACACAGGAACCGAGCGAUAACCCAACAAACGCAGAAGCGGAGGACGAUCUCUAUGGCCCAUCCGUACCCUCGAUAGCUACACGCUCUGCACCAGUACCAGCCCCCACACCGUCGUCGACCAAAGCAAAAGGCAAGCAAAGAGCUCCAGAACCGAACCCCACAGCUCCAUCUGCAUCCGCGAGCAAAGCUCAACAGGAAGCCCGCGACGCGCUACGAAAGAAGAAGAGAGAAGACGCCGAAGAACUCGCCCGAAUCAAAGCACGAAUCGAAGCCGACAAAGCAGCGCGCAAAGUAGAAGCCUCGUUACGCAAAGCAGAGCGCGAGAAGGAAAAGAACAGAAACGCGACACAAGCCUCCCAUGCAAUGUCACCGUCGUCGCCGCCAGCCACAGCGAUAAAAUCCUCGUCAUCACGAGGCUCGAAUUCGGCAACCGUCGCCCUCAACGUCCGCCUCUUCGAUGGCCGUACCAUCCGCUCCACAUUCCCCCGCACCGCUACGCUACAAUCCACCGUCCGCUCUUGGAUCGACGCCGAAUUUAGCAAAAUGGCUCAAGACGACGAGAAUCUUAGCGGUGGUCAUAAUAAUAAACUGCCCCCGUACUUUUUCCGCCAUAUCCUCGCUCCAGCGCCGAGUCGCGAGCUCUCUGCUGGCGACGAGAGUGUCGAGCUGGGUGAGAUUGAUUUAGCGCCUAGUGCGACGUUGGUGCUGGUUCCUGUCAAGGGGUAUACGGAUGCGUAUUCUGGCGGUGGUGGUGGUGGGUUAACGGGGGCUGCGACGGGGAUUGUGGGUGGGGCAUUUGGUCUCUUGUCGAGUACGGUGGGGUUGGUGGGGAGUACGAUUGGUUCCGUCAUGGGCUUUGGGGCGCAACAAGAGGGUGGGAGUGGUGGUGCCGGUGCCGGUAGUAGUAAUGGUGCUGGUGGGAGAACAGUGGGUAGUAGACCUACCCAGGAACCUACGCAUGAUCCUAUCCUCGAUCAACUGCAACCGCAACCACAACCGCAACCGCCUUCAGCCGGCACAGGCACUGGAAACACCAUGAGAGUGAGGACGCUGGCUGAUCAGCGUGGGAGAGAGCCACAGCAGUUUUAUAAUGGGAAUCAGUUGAGUACGGAGCCUAGGCCAGAAGAUAACGAUAAGAGGGAUUGA